AUGUCAAGCAAGAUUUUUAAUUACCCGGAAAUAACAGAAUUGGCUGAGGGUUUUAAACACAUCGAACCUAAACUUGAAGAAGAAGAUGAAGAUGCUCUUCUCCGUCUAAAAGCGAAACUGUACCGAUUUGAUAAAGAUGGAAAUCAGUGGAAAGUAAGAGGAGAUGGUGUUCUUAAGCUUCUUAAACAUAAACAAACUAAGAAAGUUCGUUUGGUUAUGAGACAAUCUAAGACACUGAAGGUUAUUGUUAAUCAUCUAGUUCUUCCAACGAUAUUGAUUCAAGAACAUAUUCGGAGUCAGAAAUCAUGGUUCUGGCAUGCUAAUGAUUUUUCUGGUGGUGAAUUGAAAGAAGAAGUGUUCUCUGCUCGGUUUGAAUCCAUUGAGAAUGCUAGAUUAUUCAAGGAAAUGGUCCUAGAGGCUGCUGAGUCUCAAGUGCAGAAAUCUAAAGAGAGCAAGGUAGAAGGUGCUACAUCACUAGCAGACGACAUUGCUGAGAAUCUGUAUACUGGUGAAAAGAAAGAUGUAUCUGACAAAUUUCAGUUUUCAACUGCUAAGUCUCAAGUCGAGCAGAAAUAUGAAGAGAGCAAGGAAGGUGAUACAUCAUUAGCACCUGAUCUUACUGAGAUUUUGUAUGUUGGUGAAAAGAAAGAUGUUAAUUCAACUGCUGAGUGUCAGGUGCAGAAAUCUGAAGCGCGCAAGGAGGGUGCUACAUCAUUAGCAGCUUAUCUUACUGAGAAGUAUAUUGGUGAAAAGAAAGAUAUAUAUAAUAUCUUUGAGUUUUCAACUGCUGCAUCUCCAAGUCCGGCAGAAAUCUGA